UUUGAUUGCGAAGCUAGGGGGGAUAGUGCUGCUGCUGUGGCUGCCUCCACCGAGGCGGAUGACGAGGAAGCCGUACUGGGACCUGUGAAGAAGUUGGGCACGCAGGCAAAAACACGUUACUUAGUUGCAAAAGCUCGUGCUCUAGAGGAGGACAAUGAAAAACUGCAUGCCCAAUUAAAAGACGCGUACUUUGUAAGUGCUGUUCCAGUCCUAUCCAUUUAA